AUGACGUUCAAGUCGAUAUCGACCUCGGGCAGCGAGUCCAGCAAAGCGAGCAGUCUAUUCGACCUGGACGAGAAAAGUAGCAAGCCCAUCCUCGUCUACAAGUUCCGUUCUGGUGCAAAAGGCCUCGAGGUCAAAACACAACGCGAUCUCUGUACCGAGCUCGACAAUGACCCUUCGUUGCCCUUUCUUCGCGUCACGAGGAAGCCUAUUCCGCGUGGCAACAGUCGGCUCGACAUCCUCAACGAAGACCUCCUGGCGCCUUCUGAGCGCGAAAAGUACGCCGAAAAGCCCACGCUCAAGGCAUCGGUUGCCAACGUAGGGUUGCCGACGCUCGCAAGAUGGAAGCGUAUGAUAUUGGGCAGCUACGACGAUCUGUAUAUUGUCUCACGGUCGCAUACGCCUUCGCCUGAGGCAAGCAAGAACAACAGCCCCGAAUCUAGCCAGCACGUCAGCCCGGCGGCAACAUUUCCUAACGAGACACUCCACAAUCAGGAAACGUAG